GCGGAUGUGAUCUCUACUUUGCAUCCAACUUUGAGUCUCUCUCUCUCCAUAGUGUAGAAUAGAUCAAAAAUUUGAACCUCAAAUACUAAGCUAAGAAAAAAAUAAAAUUAAAACUGAAGGACUAUAAUGGCUGGCUAGGCCUACUCAAAUUCUACCACGUGGCAAGAUUAACGGAUGACCUCUUCUCAUUCCCUCUUCCCACCAAGGGGCACCAACUGAUCCACUUUCAAAAAUCACACCCGCAAACUUUGCUCUUUUUUCUUAACCGCUCCACCUUGCCAUCACUCUCCCUCUCUCUCUCUCUCUCUCUCUCUCUCUCUCUCUCUCUCUCUCUUAAAACCAAAAAAAUUACACUAAAACACACAUGCAGAAGAAAAACCACACAUUGCCUUUGAAUCUUUGAAACUCAUUCAAAGUUUCAAACAUUUUCUCAUUCUUUUCCAUUUCCGCCUUCCAUUUUUUCUCUGUUUUCUCGGUGAGAAAAAAUGGCACAUGAUUCUGAUUUCAAAUCCCAGUUGGUGACAGAGAUUUGCUCCAUUUCCACGCGCUCCAUUGCCUGCUCUCAUAGGCAUGGCUGCAGCAACAGCCCAGCUAAAUCAUCAUCUUUCAUCGAUUGGUAUCGUCUUCUUCGAGUGCAAGAAAAUGCUGGCAGGGAUGUUAUAAGAAAGAGGUACCAUGAACUUGCUUUGCAACUUCAUCCAGAUAAGAACAAGCAUCCCAAGGCUGAGAUUGCCUUCAAACUUGUCUCCGAGGCAUAUUCAUGUCUCUCUGAUAAUGCAAAAAGAAGAGCUUUUGACUUAGAGAGAUGGAGGAAGUUCUGCUUUGAGUGUGGUACAAUCCCCUACACCACCCACAAAACUUCAAGCAAUGCCAGUGCUUCAGAACACAAGGCUUGUAAUCCCACAAGCUCGUCAAGGUCUUGCAAAGUUGUCAAGGGUCUGAAAGAUAUCAGAAACAGGUUUAGGGAGGAGGCAAGAGUUAUAGAAAACUGUUUGAGGGCCAAUGCAGCUGCUGCACCAAGAAGAGAAUCCUCACUCUUCAGCCCACCUGCUGCUUAUGACGUGUUUCAGAGCAGGUCCAGCAGAGAGUCCCCCAUCUUCAAUCCAUCUGACCACAAGGUUCAAGGCUAUCCUCAUCUCCGGACUCGAAUUCACAGUAAACCUCAGAACUUUUGGCACCUGCGAACGGGGCAUCAAGUACUGAAUUAUGAACCCGGUAGAGCUACGUAUGAUUCUCCGGUGUUCGAGGUCAGAUCAGAUAGGGCAUUUUUUAAGAGCAGAUCUACUUGUGUCCGUUCAUAACUUUAGAGAAAAUGAUUGUUUCAUUCAUUAAUUGAAAAACAGUGAAAAGUCAUUUCCUUUUAGGCUC